UCCCCCCUGCUCGUGUGGCCUUCGUAUCCUCAAAAUCUGAUAACCUUACCUCUCCGGCAAGCAAAGCCAUACAAAUUCAUCUCGAAAACACCAUUUCUUCUUCAUAUAAUCACAUAAGUAUUAAUGGUGAAGGAGUUGCGUCUCUGAGCACCGCACCUCCCUGCUCUGUAGUUCUUAAGAAAACUAGGAAUGAACAAAGACAACAUCUCACAACUCGAGAACUUACCUAACCAAGAAAAGUUUACCGUAAAUAAGCUCAAUGAAGAAAAUGGUUUGGCUGGGCAGGAGAAGGCCCCAGAAGAAUUGGAGCUCUUUCAUGACAAGAAAGCAGUGAAAGUACUCGUUUUUAAAAUUGAGCAGUCUGAUGCUCGGGUACACACUCGGAAAUUGGAACUCCAAAAACUGAAGAAUUCAGCAAAUGGAGCUGAGGAUCCUCAGUGUACUGAACUCAUGCUGAAAUUGGAUGGCCUAAAGCAAGUGCUCAGCAAACUGACGAUUGGUGUUUCAUCAGCAUUAGAUUCCAAGGUUAAAGCUGAGAAGGAGAUCGAAUUCUACAAUAAUAAGGCAAGUUCAUCACUAAAAAAGGUGGAAGCGCUAAGGAAAGAGAUUGAGGAAGUAAAUGAGGAGCAUGUGCUCGUUGAGCUUGCUAGGAUCGAAGCAGAAAAGGAACUGAGGGAGAUAGAACUCCAGCGAGCUGCGGAAGCCAUGGAAUUCUCUAAGAAAAUGGAGGCCGCCAAGAAAAGUAUCAGCGAGCUCCGCAGAGAAAUCAGCAGAGCAAAGGAGCUUGAAGAGAAGUUGGCUGCCACUAACACUGAUGUCAGUGUUCUGCAGCAUGAGAUGGAGCUCCUUCGAGCAAUGGAGAAGAACUCGCCUAAAGAACUUUUGGUGGAAAAUGCCAAGAAAAGCAGCGAUGUGGAGCAACUCAAGAUUGUGGAGAAUGAACUGGGGAAGGCGAAGAAGCAACUGGUGAACAUCAAGGAAGAAGGCUUUCAGUUCAUGGCAUCAAUGGAUCUUGUCAGGGCUGAGCUGCUGCAACUUUCUAAAGAAACAAAUAGGAUGAAGAAAUUGGAAGAAAAUGGAGAAUCAAAAAUUGAGCGUCUCAAUGCAAAGCUAUUGAAAGCAAGAACAAAGCUUGAAUCCGACACUUCGGCUGAGGAAUGGACCAGAGGAAUUGUCUCCAGUCUCAGCAAAGCACUUCAGCAACUACAAGCUGAAGUGGAGGCCGUAAAGGACGAGAAGGAGAACGCCAGCAAGGAAGCGUGUGACAUUAAACAAGAGAUUGAGAAGACUGAAAUGGAUAUCAAAUGCACGCAGAAGAAGCUGCUGGAUAACAUAUCAGAGCUUGAAAAAGUAAAGGCAUCGGAAGCUGCUGCUCUUGUGAAGCUGCAAAGCAUGGUGGAGAAGAUAGUGAAGAGUAGGGUCAUGGAUUCUUGGAAUGCUUCAACCAUUUCUGUCCCAAAGUGGGAGUAUGAGUACUUGAGUAAGAAGGCUGGGUUAGCUGAGGAAGUGGCAGAGAAGAAGGUAGCAGCUAUGAAUGCAUGGAUUGAAACACUGAAAGCACAAGAGAAGGAGAUAUUGAUGAAGAGUGAACUCGUUGAGAAGGAAAUAAAAGCAAUGAGAGUUACUCAGGAAGAGGAGGGGGACAAUCUGGAUAAUGUAAUGGCUGCCCAGAUCACAACGGGGGAAGAUGAUGACGAAUUCAUGGACAUCCUCAAGGCUGGAUCUUCUACUCCAAAGAAGCUAGUUAGUGAGAAUUCAAUAACAGCAAGCAGGAGGUGGUCCAAAAGCAGCAGAGUAUCGGGUAUGCAAGGGAUGAAAAGUGCUGCUCGAUCUCCACUUUUUGCGAUAAAGAAAAGAAAGGGAGAGAAGCCUACUUUGGGUAAACUGUUUAGAAGCCGUAAUGGCAGAAGGAAACAAAAUGAGAUGGAUUUUGAUUCUUAAGCAAGUUUUUUUUUCUUGCUUAUCAGAAAGAUUACAGACAAAACUGAAUCACUUUUUUCUUUCACAAGAUUGAAAACAACAAUUUAUGGUUCAAAUAAUGAAAGAAUUGGAAAACUGUAACGCUGCUUUUGCUCACCAAAGUUUUUCUGAACAUUGAACUGUUUGCUUCCUAACAGAUUUGGAUCUAGAAAU